AUGGCCAGCCCAAUUCAAGCCCAGGAUUCCGAGAUGCUCGAAUUGGCAUCUGUAUGCUCUCAAUGGCUCGAACGUGAUAUCGAUAUGGACGAGUUCUCGGUCGAUGGAAUUCCAGAUGCUGUAUCCUCAGACUCGGGGAUGGGCGACCACAUCACUACUCCAGAGUCCAGCAGGUCGCUGUCGACAGCCGUGACAAGUCCCUUUGCUCUUUCUGGGAACAGUAAAGGCCCAGACCAAGCUACUGAACAGUUCAUGCAACGCCUCGAACGUGCAGAUCUACCCUCAAUCUCCAAAAAAGCGUUCGGGGACCUCGCAUGCGACAUCGAGAGUCUUGCGGCAUUGUUGUCGUUUGGCGAUCGGACCAGUCCAUCACUUCGAAGCGACAUCCAAAACCAUAUUGGCAGUGUACAGUCUCGAUUGAGUGAUGCUCUGAAGAAGGUGCAGGCUCAGAUCAAUCAAAUUGACGGAUUGAAGUCAUUGGCUCCUUUUAACGUUGUUCCUAAGCCCGAGGACCUCUGGUGCAACUAUCGACAGAAAGCAUUUCUCAUUCUAAGGAACACGUCACUCCCUUGUGUCACCGAAGGUCGAUUGAUCCGACAGUUGGCAUUCUUGUUCAACGACCAAGUCUACAUCCCUUUCCUACAAAGCUUGCAGCAAAACAGGUUUCAUGCCGACGUGGAGGAUGGUGUUAACAAGACAUAUGACACUAUGCUUCGCCUGCUCACAGGCUACAAACGUUGGUGUCGAGAAAUGAAGGACAUUAGGAAGAAUCAUAUGCUACCCGUGCUGAGGGCCAUACUCGAUUCACCGGCUCUGGCCUCAUCACCCGAUUUCCCCCACCUUCUCUUCUAUGGACCUAGCGGUGCCGGCAAAAAGACGCGAAUCCUCGCCACCCUGCGUGCCCUGUAUGGAUCUGGAGCUGAAAAGAUCAAAAUCGACGCUCGCGUCUUCACAACCAGCUCGAACCGCAAAAUCGAAUUCAACGUUGUCUCAUCCGUCUACCACCUCGAAAUCACACCUUCAGACGUGGGCAACUACGACCGCUUGGUGAUCCAGGAUCUAUUGAAAGAAGUCGCGCAGACCCAACAGGUGGAUUUGACCGCCAAACAGCGCUUCAAAGUCGUGGUCAUCAACGAAGCCGAUGGACUCAGUCGGGACGCCCAAGCGGCACUACGUCGUACGAUGGAGAAAUACAGCAACAACGUACGACUGAUUCUGGUGGCUAACAGCACAGCCGGCAUCAUCGCGCCCAUCCGAUCACGAACCCUCCUGAUCCGAGUCGCUGCCCCUUCCGAGGCCGACAUUUGCGACGCGCUGGCCAAAGCCGCCAAAAAGGAAAACUGGAAAGCCAUACCCGCACUCAACGCCCGUAUUGCCAGGGAUUCAGGGCGGAACCUGCGCAAGGCGCUGCUCAUGUUCGAGGCUGUCUAUGCCCAACACCCUGAACCCAGCGAAAAGACCCCGAUUCCACCACCGGACUGGGAAGCCUUGAUCGACCAGAUCGCGGGCGACAUUGUGCGCGAACGCAGUCCCAAUAUGAUUCUACAGACUCGUCAGAAACUCUACGACCUGCUCACACAUUGUAUCCCUGCCACCGUCAUCCUCAAAACCCUGUGUUGGCGUCUGAUCGCCAGACCUGAGGUCGACGAUACCCUCAAGGCUAAUAUCGCUCGUUGGGCCAGCUUCUAUGAGCAUCGUAUCAAGUUAGGGAGCAAGGUCAUCUUCCAUCUGGAAGCUUUUGUUGCCAAGUUUAUGCGGAUCUUCGAGGGGUCGCUCGUUGGGAUGGAUUUUUAG